UACAUAUUACGUUUUGCUUUUAGUUAAGGAUUGAUCUUCGAGGAAUCUGGUGAUUUUUCAGUUCAGAAUACUUUUUCUUAUCGAAAAAAUUUAAAAAAAAAAUAAAUAAUUUACAAUGAGUACUCCUUUUGUUGAUGAAGAUCUUACUCCAGAACAGAUUGCCGUUCUCCAAAAGGCAUUCAACAGUUUUGACAGCCAAAAAAAUGGAAGUAUUCCAACUGAAAUGGUAGCCGAUAUUCUCCGUUUGAUGGGUCAGCCUUUUGAUAAGAAAAUCUUAGAUGAACUUAUCGAAGAAGUUGACGAGGAUAAGUCUGGACGUCUGGAGUUCGAAGAAUUCGUUCAGCUUGCCGCCAAGUUUAUCGUUGAAGAAGAUGCCGAAGCGAUGCAAAAGGAAUUACGUGAAGCUUUCCGUCUCUACGAUAAACAGGGCAAUGGUUUCAUCCCAACAUCCUGCCUUAAAGAAAUUUUGAAGGAAUUGGAUGACCAACUGACAGAAGCUGAGUUAGACAUCAUGAUCGAAGAAAUCGAUUCUGAUGGUUCAGGAACAGUUGAUUUCGAUGAAUUUAUGGAAAUGAUGACCGGGGAAUAAACUGGAGAAGAUGAAAACACCACCUGUACUUAUUUCGAUCCUUACUCUUUUUCACUUGUGUAGUGAGACACUUUUGUUAACAAAAAUAUUUUACAUUAAUUCUAAGUUUUUUUAAAAUAUAUUUGUUUACUUAAUUUUAAUAGUAACAGCAAUUACAUUCUGAAA